CCGCAGCGGGGCCUGCUGCUCCCAGUCCUUUAAAGCGCUUGUUUUCCUGCUGGUUUUCCCGGAGCCGUUCCUGCAGCUGCUGGUAGCCGUCUCCAGGGAGCCAGCUGUCGUUUUCACCCCCGGUGCAAGUUUUCUGCGCGGCCCUGGAGGGCGAAAAGUUCCCGAAUUGUUCUUCGAAGAUUAAUGUACUGUUACCUCAGUAUUUUAAAUCUGUUGACAGUUCGGGUGAUGAUGGCUCAGCUCCAGCAAGGAGGCCCAGAUGAAAAAGAGAAGACUACUGCAUUAAAGGAUUUAUUGUCUAGAAUAGACUUGGAUGAGCUAAUGAAAAAAGAUGAGCCACCACUUGAAUUUCCUGAUACUCUGGAAGGAUUCGAGUAUGUUUUUAAUGAAAAAGGACAAUUAAGACACAUGAAAACAGGGGAGCCAUUUGUUUUUAAUUAUCGCGAAGAUUUGCAUAGAUGGAACCAAAAGCGUUACGAAGCUCUUGGAGAGAUCAUUACUAAAUAUGUUUAUGAUCUACUGCAAAAGGAAUGCCACUUGAAAAAAGUAACUCUCCCAGUUGAUGCAACUGAGACUGAACCAAAGAGUUUUAUCUUUAUGAGUGAAGAUGCAUUAACAAACCCUGACAAGCUGUUGGUCCUAAUUCAUGGUAACGGUGUCGUCAGAGCGGGUCAGUGGGCCAGAAGACUAAUAAUUAAUGAAGAUCUGGACAGUGGCACACAGAUACCAUAUAUAAAGAGAGCUGUUGAGGAGGGCUAUGGAGUGAUAGUACUGAAUCCCAAUGAGAACUAUAUUGAAGUGGAGAAGACAAAAGCCCAAGUACAGCUGUCUUCUGAUAGCUCAGAUGAACCUGCAGAAAAGAGGGAAAGAAAAGAUAAAAUCCAGAAGGAAACAAAGAAGCGACGUGACUUCUACGAAAAGUAUCGAAAUCCACAAAAAGAAAAAGAAACUAUGCAGAUGUAUAUUAGAGAUAAUGGAUCUCCUGAAGAACAUGCAAUUUAUGUUUGGGACCAUUUUAUUUCCCAGUCAGCUGCAGAGAACGUGUUUUUUGUUGCUCACAGUUAUGGUGGACUUGCCUUUGUAGAGUUGAUGAUUCAACGAGAGGCAGAAGUAAAGAAUAAGGUAACUGCUGUGGCGUUGACAGACUCUGUUCACAACGUGUGGCAUCAAGAAGUUGGGAAAACUAUUCGAGAGUGGAUGCGAGAGAACUGCUGCAACUGGGUGUCCAGCUCCGAACCCCUGGACACUUCUGUGGAGUCCAUGCUGCCAGACUGCCCCCGUGUCUCUGCAGAAAAUAAUCUCGGCGUGGAUGGAGCUCUCUCUCUCUCUCUCUCUCUCCCGGCUCCUUGUGCAGCUUGGGGAAACCUUUGUCCCACACAUCUUGUAAACGCGGCGGGGGGCCACCAUUGUGCCGAGCAUCUUCUGAGCACCGCGGGAGGAACCUUUUGUCCGGCGCCGUCGGAGGGCACCUUUGUCCCUCGCAGCCGGUAAUCGCCCUGCCGGAGUGAAUGGUAGGGAUUGCAGAGCUCUUCUCCCUCCGCCUGGGCUCUGGUUGCAGGCAGAGGACCCCCCGUCAGCCUGGCUGGGUGAGGUGAUGGCUUUUCCCGAGUGGAAGUGGGAAGGGGAGGUGGGGAAAACGCCUGUGUGCAAAGGGCCACCGGGGUCGAGUCGCCCCUACAGGCACCAAUCCCCAUUUCGUUUUGUGCUUUUCCCCUUCCUUAUUCUUCCUGCCCCUUUAGGCUGCCCCUUUUUAUUAUUAUUUCUCUGUCCCUUCUAAUGUUUGCAGUAUCUCCUGUUCAAUAUAUCAUCCUCUGUUUAAUCUAAUUAACUAAUAAGGGCCCUCAUUAUUCUUUCAGAACACUAAUAACCAUGUUUAAAAGACUUGAGCCCUGAUACCAGUCCCUCUGGGACUUCAUAGGUGUAUUUUCAACCCUGUAUCAUUCUUACUAAUUGUCUUCUCGAGUGCUCUCACCACUUCCCAAGAAGUGCAGCAGCACCAUUUCCAAGGCAGUCUGAGAUACGUUGUUAUGAUCACAGAUCAUAGAACCACAGAACCACAGACUGGUUUGGUUGGAAGAGACCUGAAAGAUCAUCAAGCCCCAUCCAACCUGCCCUUCAACACUGCCAGGGAUGGGGCAGCCACAGCUUCCCUGGGCAACCUGGGCCAGGGUCUCACCACACAGAAUUUCUUCCUAAAAUGCAAAGCUGUGCCUUUCCUCAUCUGAGAUAUGGUGGAUCUGAUGAACCAUGGUGCCACUCCAGACUUGCAGAGAGCAGAGUCCCAAACUGAUGCAGUGAUGAGUUAUGAGAUGCUGAGUCCAGACCCAGCCUGCAGAGAGGCCAUGUGCACUGCAGGUGCUGGGGGAUCAGCUGCUCAUGGAUGGAGCUGUGUUACCAUAAGCGUUUCGAGGUCUCCUCUGCUGGAGUAAAAUAAUUCAUGUGCAAACAAGAGGUAGGGGUGAGCACAGCCCAUUAGAAGGUGAAGGUCCUUAUCCACUGUAAGUGAUUCCCAAGGUUCCCACCACCCCUGAGCUGUCAGAUUGACCUACAUGGAAAGGCACAGCAAUGGACAAAUCUCUCGCCUGGUGGUUUUUCUGCUUCAAUAAAGUGGUCAAGUUUGAGUUGUAUCUGUUCUUGUUGAAUCUGAGCCUAUUCUGUCCCAAGGCUCCUGUUGCACUUAAGAUGCCUGCAAUUUUUUUUUAAUGUUGAUCUCUUACUUCACUGAUAGUCAAAGGUAAAUUGGACAUGCCAUAGUUUCAAUUAAUCCUCCUUUUCUCAAAUGAGCUUUGUUUUUCUUCCCCCAGUCCUCUGGUGCCUACCUGAUUGUGCAUGAAUUCUCAGAAAUAAUUGCCAGUAGUUCAGCAGGUUCAUUAACUGAUUCCCUGAAGGCCCUCAGAUGCCUGUCAUCCAGACUUGAUGAUUUGUAUAUUAAAUGUUUGCAAGUAUUCUCUUA